AUGGGCAAAAUCGACUUUCUGCUGCAUGAGUCAGCACUCGGCUAUGCCAUCUUCAAGGUGGUGCACCAGCAGGACACUGUUGGUCUGCACCUGAAGGAGGUGCAGCAAGCUGGUCAAGAUCUUGCGAAAUUCGGCAAGAUGGUCCAAUUGGUCAAUUUUGCGCCCUGGAGAAAUGCUGCCGACGCGCUAGAGAACAUUAAUCUCAUCUCGGAGGGCAUCCUGCCCGACUAUCUCAAGUCCGACCUCGAACUGAACCUGCCGCAAGCGAAGAAGAGCAAGAUCGUGCUUGGCGUUGCCGACAAGAACCUGGCUGGAUCCAUCAAGGCCGAAUUCCCCAGCGUCGAGUGUGAAACCGGCGACACAUCCGAGGUUGUUGCCGAUCUUCUGCGUGGUGUUCGACUGCACGCCGCCAAGCUGCUCAAGGGUCUCGAAGAGGGCGAUGUUGAGCGGGCACAGCUUGGCCUGGGCCACGCCUACUCGCGAGGUAAGGUCAAGUUCAACGUCCACAAGAACGACAACCACAUUAUCAAGGCUAUUGCGACACUCGACAACCUUGACAAGGGCAUCAACUUGUUUUCGCAAAAGGUUCGUGAAUGGUACGGAUGGCACUUUCCCGAGCUCUAUAGCAUUGUAUCGGACAACCUGGGUUACGCAAGAAUGGCUCUGUACAUCGGCGACAAGUCCAGCUUGUCCGAGGACAAACUUCACGAGCUGGCCGCGUUGGUUGGUGAGGACGAGGACAAGGCGUCUGAGAUCAUCAACAAGGCCAAGAUCUCCAUGGGACGCGAGAUCUCCAGCGUCGACAUGGACAACAUCUCGUCAUUUGCCGGUCGCGUCGUGAAGCUGGCCGAGUACCGUAAGACGUUAUACAGCUAUUUGGUCGACAAGAUGGAUAUGGUAGCUCCUAACCUGGCCACUCUUAUUGGAGAGGUCGUUGCUGCCCGCCUGAUCCAGAAGGCUGGUUCACUCACGAAUCUGUCAAAGUACCCUGCAUCCACCCUUCAGAUCCUCGGUGCCGAGAAGGCCCUCUUCAGAGCCCUGAAGACCAAGGGCAACACGCCCAAAUUUGGUCUCAUCUAUCACAGCACGUAUAUCGGACGUGCCAACCCCAAGGACAAGGGCCGCAUCUCCCGAUACCUCGCCAAUAAGUGCAGUAUCGCCGCAAGAAUUGACAACUUCGCCGAAAACCCGUCCAAGAAGUUCGGCGAGGCUCUUCGGUCACAAGUUGAGGACCGUCUAGAGUUCUACGCUACCGGCAAGAAGCCCAAGAAGAAUGAAGACGCGAUGGCCAAGGCAAUGGAGGAUGUGCUUGCGGACGGCGGAUCAAUGGCCAUUGACACUGAUAUGAUCGACGACCCACUUCCCGCCACCGCUGUGACUGCUGCCACCGAGGAGAAGAAGUCCAAGAAAGUCAAGAAGGAGAAGAAGGACAAGAAGGAAAAGAAGCGCAAGCACAGCGAUGUUGGCGUCGAAGAACCUGAAGCAGUAGACGGCGAAAAGAAGAAGAAAAAGAAGAAGAGACAAUCUGAAGUCUCCGUUGCUUAG